AUGGAAAAAACACUCUAUAUUACUGGUGAUACAAUCUGGAACGCGGAGGUAGAGGAUGUAUUAUCUACACACAACCCAGAUAUUGUUGUCCUCAAUGCUGGUUUUGCUCAACUUAUUACCUCUGGUAAUAUUGUUAUGGGUAAGGAUAAUAUUCUUCGUGCACAUGCUAUACCUAACGCAAAAAUAGUUGCUACUCAUAUUGAAGCCAUUAACAUUGCAUCCUUACUCGUAAGGAACUCGAAGAGUUCUUGA